AUGCCAGAUCAUAUAAAAGUUUUUUGUACAACGUCCAACAUUCCCAAUUUCCUCAUUGACUUCGACCUCACUGACCUCAACCUCGCUGACUUCGACCUCACUGAUUUCAACCCCGUUGACUUCGACCUCACUGACUUCGACCUCGCUGACCUCGACCUCGCUGAUUUCGACCUCACUGACUUCGACCUCAUUGACUUCGACCUCACUGACUUCAACCUCGCUGACUUCAAGCUUGCUGACUUUGACCUCACUGACUUCGACCUCACUGACUUCGACUCGCUGACUUCGCCCUCAUUGACUUCAACCUCGCUGAUUUCGAUUUCCUCACUGACUUCGGACCUCCUUGCUGACUUUGACCUCACUGACUUCGACCUCACUGAUUUCAACCUCAUUGACUUCAACCUCAUUGACUUCAACCUCACUGAUCUCAACCUCGCUGACUUCAACCUCAUUGACUUCGACUUUGCUGAACUCAACCUCGCUGACUUCGACCUCAUUGACUUCGACCUCGUUGACUUCAACCUCCUUGCCUUCAACCUCGUUGACUUCGAUCUCACUGACUUUGAUCUCGCUGACUACGACCUCAUUGACUUCAACCUCACUGACUUCAACCUCACUGACUUUGACCUUGCUGACUUUGACCUCACUGACUUCAACCUCGCUGAUUUCGACCUCACUGACUUCAACCUCACUGACUUCAACCUCACUGACUUUGACCUUCUCAUUGACUUCAAUCUCGCUGACUUCGACCCCGUUGACUUCGACCUCAUUGACUUCAACCUCACUGACUUCAACCUCACUGACUUCAACCUCACUUUAGGUGAAAACUGA